AAGCGAGCGGCGCUGGGCAGGGCUUCGGGGGGCGGGAGCCGGGGAGCCUCUCCCGCCUGCGACGCUUCCUCGGGGAGGCUGCUUCUCCGCCGCUGCUGCCGCCAGUGCUCCCGCCUCCUCGGCUCCCUCGCCAGCCAGAAGCGCGCACUUUGCCCCGGCUGUGCGUGUGCGGGAAUGUGGCGGCGAUCGCGAAGCGGAGCGCCGGACGCCGCCACCGCGCUCUGAUGGGCGCACACGCUGCGCGCUGCCUGCUCCGUCCCCUUCGCCUGCCUCGCUCGGGGGGCUGCCCGGAGGCGACCGCGCCAUGAAGAAGGAAGCGGCGGCGGCGGCGGCACCAGGGCGCAGCGGGGCCAGCUAGAUCUCCCCGGAGAAGAGACACUUGCUGAUACCAGGCCUCUAGAUCCAUCUAUGUGACUUUGCUGGAGAAACCAUGACUGAAGUCCUCCUGACCGCUGUUCUGAACGGGACUGAAAACCACUCGCUGGCUAGCAGCGGAUGGACGUCGAACAAUGUCACCAGCAAGUGCUUGCUGACCAAAACUGGUUUUCAGUUCUAUUACCUGCCUGCUGUCUACAUCAUAGUCUUCAUCACUGGAUUCCUGGGCAACAGCGUGGCAAUCUGGAUGUUUAUCUUCCACAUGAGGCCUUGGAGUGGCAUCUCGGUUUACAUGUUCAACCUGGCGCUGGCUGACUUCUUGUAUGUCCUGACUCUUCCUGCACUGAUCUUCUAUUACUUCAAUCAAACCGAUUGGAUCUUUGGGAACUUCAUGUGCAAGCUGCAGAGGUUCAUCUUCCAUGUCAACCUGUAUGGAAGCAUCUUGUUCCUCACUUGCAUCAGCGUGCACAGGUACACAGGUGUGGUCUACCCCUUGAAAUCGCUGGGGCGGCUGAAAAAAAAGAACGCCGUCUACAUCAGCACCUUGGUUUGGGGGGUUGUGGUCACUGGGAUUUCCCCCAUCUUCUUCUACUCUGGAACUGGGGAAAGGAAAGUCAAAACCAUGGCUUGCUACGACACGACGGUAGACGACUACCUACGAAGCUACUUCAUUUACAGCAUGUGCACCACAGUCUUCUUGUUUUGCAUCCCGUUCAUACUGAUCCUGGGUUGCUACGGAUUAAUCGUGAAAGCACUGAUUUACAAAGAUUUAGACAAUUCCCCGCUCAGGAGGAAAUCGAUUUACCUGGUUAUUAUAGUGUUGGCGGUAUUUGCUGUGUCUUAUCUCCCCUUUCACGUGAUGAAAAACUUGAAUCUACGAGCCAGGCUGGAUUUCCAGACUCCAGAAAUGUGUGCCUUUAACGACAGGGUUUAUGCCACUUACCAAGUGACUCGGGGGCUGGCGAGCCUCAACAGCUGCGUGGAUCCUAUUCUGUAUUUCUUGGCUGGAGACACGUUCCGAAGACGGCUGUCGAGAGCAACCAGGAAAGCUUCAAGAAGGAGCGAGCUCAACGUGCAGUCAAAAAGUGAGGAUAUGACUCUCAGCAUUUUAUCCGAGUGUAAACAGAAUGGAGACACAAGCUUGUGAAUAAUAGUUUAAUUUUCCUUUUGCAAGCAAGCACUCUCACCCCCUUUCCCUUAUCCCCACCCUUCAUUUUUAACCCAUGUAAGAAUCUAAUUUCGUGCAUUUUCAAGAAAACUUAACAAGCGGACAAUUUCUUUUGUUUCGUUUUGUUUGAAAAACAUGCCGUGUGAAGCUAGAAAAAACGUGGGGAAAGUAAGUGUCAAAUUCUUAAAAAAAAUUAAAUGGAAAACAGUAUGGGAGGUUUCCGUUCUUACCCUUUUAAUUCUGAAAGAAUAAUUUAUCUGAUAGUCUGGUACACACAACAAAUGCAGUGCAAACCCUCAGAAAAGGUGUCUCCUUGACUUAAGAGUAUGAGGAAUGCCCAUGGAAGGUGAACAUUUCUUUAAGGCUCUAGUCUAUUCUCCAGCUUCCAGUUCCCUUGCCUGUUUCUGCCUUGCUGUGGUUCUGGAAAGGGCAGUGUUUGUAGGGGACCAGCCCCAAUCAGGGGCAGACCCCCUUCCUGAAUGUAGGUCUUUUUAUUGAAAACAUCAACGACAACAAAAGCCCUUUGAUUUUCAGAAAUACCAAGGAGGCUGACGGCGUUCUACAUAGCUGAUCGAUGAGAAGUAAGCCUGGUGCUUAUUUUAUUAAAGUUGAAUUUUGUUUAAUAAUUAAGUAAGGUUGGAACAUAUUAGAUGACUUGAAUUUGUUGUUUGGUAUUGACUUCAGGUCCUCCUCCUCCUCCCUUCCUGCAUGUCCCGAUAAGCUUCCUCAUCACAGGAGUUCUGGAUGCAGACAUGUGUUCCUGGACCGCUCUCUUAAGCACUGCCGAAAGCACAAUGCAAGAAAGGCCAUGGGUUAGUAAUGGUCUGUUGGCAAUUAUUUCUUUGCGAUUCUAGCAAGUUGGUCUAGCGGAGCCAAUCGUGUUUCCCCCCCCCCCCCACUCUUGAAUCUGGGCUUGUGCAGAGGACCAUCUGGUCACGGCGCGUUCAUGGGAAACUGCUGGGCAUGGUGGCUUCCAAACUAGGACAAUCUGGUAGCGUUGACCCAUCACCAUAUGCAGGGUUCAAGUUUUCAGCAUGUGUUGGGAAACAUGGGGGAAACCGUACAGCCCCAAAUGCACUGGAAACCUAGCUCCUUUGUGUGAUGUUGGAUGUGACAGCAAGCUUGGCACAGGCUGGGCUUCUCUCGUGCAGGCUUCUGAGAUGGUUUGACCAUGGCAGCAUGGGCUUGAACCUUCUUUGAAUAGAUCUUCCCUGUUACCAUAUAGGGAGGGUUCCUCUGUACAUAGAGGAGAUGAUUACUGAAAAUGUGAUGCCCCACCUCAAUAAUAAUUAGAAGUCUGACAGAGAGUGAGAGAGAUUAGAUUGUAAGAAUUAGUGCUGUCAUGUUCUCUGAAAGGUUAACAAAUCUAUAAACAUAGUAGAUGUACAGUACCAACAGCCCCAAGGUUACACAGAACUUGCAACUCCUUCUCAGCAGUUUAGUACACAUCUAAUGGGCACAUCAGAACACUGUUAGGUUUUGGGGUUGCUGCAAAUUCUCCAAUAAUUUAACCUAUCUAGUUGGCAGUACCUGUAUUUUUGUCAACAUGAAGAAUUGCAUUUGAUUUAUUUUUAGCCCUAAUUUGGAUUUCUCCCUUUCUAACAUACAGCACUUUGCAUGACAAUAGCAGUUUUUCUGGCAUUUAAUGCUCCUUUCUUCUUCUUAGGAAAAAGAAACUGUCAUUAAUUUUCACGGGCAGGGGGCGGGGAUAGGAGUGCCUCAUCUAAAUGUAUAAAAGAUUUACAUCAGAUUCAGAAAGGCCUGGUUGAAUGAUGUCCUUCCCUACCUUUUCCCAAUGCCUGACAGUGAUCUGAGAUGGCUUCAUCACCACCCCACCCGAAAGAUUUCCACAUGUGGACAUGACAUUUGGAUUUAGGAAUUUAGGAAGCGGAGUUUGGUCAAGGUUUCAUCAAGCUCAGUGUUGUCAACACUGCUCAGCUGUGGCUCUCUAGGAUUUCAGGCAAGAUCCAAUCCUUCUUGGAAAUACUGGGGAUUGAACCCAGAAUCUUCUGCAUGCUCUACCCCUUGCCCAACACAAUCUUAUUGAAUUUUCCAUUUCCAGCUUACUUGGGUUUUUAGGGAAAUACUGUUCUCUACAGCUCUUUUCAAGCAUUCAGAAACAGGCUGCGAUAACCGUGCACUAGAAAGGAGUGCCAUGGCUAAGAGAAAGGUAGUGGGGAAGAUGACCUGAAAUAGGCCAAAAACAAUGUAUCAUGCAAGCUGCCAACUGAUGCAGGAAUCCCAGUCCCCGAUAGAUUCAAAACACAAAACAGUUUGGAUUGAAAAUAAAGCCUUAUUUGCUUCAUUUAAUCUACCAAAAUGUAUCUGGGAAAAAUGUUCUGCUGCAGCAAGCAGUGCUUUGAAUUAUUACAAAAUUCUUUCUGUAUAAAAUAAAGAGGAUACGUAAUCUCAUAAAUGGCUUGAACAAAUCCUUCCAAAAAGACUGUGGUUUACAGGAGAGGUAAAAAUAAACUAUUUACAUCUUGCUUAUUAAUUUCCAAAGGCUGAGGAUGAGCAGAAAGGGAAUUGCUCUGAAUAAUGGCAGAGUUACAAAUCAGCUUAAAUUCAUAAAUGCAAAAUCUACUGAACCUGCAAAAUCUGUUUAUUUAACUUAUUUCUCGAGGAAGGCAAUGGCAAGCAAAGAGCUAUCUCGUGCGUUCACAAUGCUCCUUGAUUCUACACUUAAACACUGAAUUGGGCAUUGUUGAGUGAAGGGAUAAUGAGAUGCAUCAUUAAGGCUGUGGUGCUGAGCUCAAUUACUUGGGAGUAAGCUCCCUUGGACCCAAUGAGGCUUACUGCUAAGUAAAUAUGCAUAGGCUUCCACUGCAACCUCUCUCAUCUUGUUUUAUAAGAAACUAUAAAUUAGAAUUGUGCAAGGCUUCUGUUCAAAUGUUGACAUGUAUGCAUGUCAAGCUCUAGCUUAACAAGCAAUCUGAAUAAAAUGUAAAAAGCCAAGAAAAUUUAGAAGCGUGGUAAAUAAGUGGCAGUCUUCUUUUUAAUUAAUUAACCUCUUGUGAUUAGCUGUUUAGAUUAAGGUUUGGGGAGAGUGUCAGGAAACAUGGAAAACCUUUCCCUGCAUCACCAAGAAACAUGUAACAUUAAACAAUUCCCUUAAACCAAAUUGAACUGAGGCAUGCCUUGCUGGGCACAGCAAUUGAAUUAAGGGUACAAUGGUGGAAUGGAUUUUUUACUCUUUGGAAUGACUUUCUUUUGCUACAUUUUUACAUUCAGCUAUCUUUCACGUACUUCUGUUUUCUGUUCAUUGUCGUGCUCCGUACAAUUAGUCAAUGGAUGUUGGGGUGUAACAUUCUUAUAAUCUGCUAAUCCUCCUCCC